UUGGAACCAAUUCCAGAUGACAAGCUGACAGAAACUUUUGUACCAAAAGACGAAACAAACUUUUCACUGUUAGCAAGACCAAAAGUUGUUCCAGACAAAGUUAUAGCACAAAAGAAGUACACAGUUCCAAAAGGAGUUGGAUUGUUCGGAUACCAACCUGAACCAGAAGAACUUCCAAUGAGGUUGCAAGAACUUCAAGAUGCUAUAAACAAACUUCCAUUGAGACAUCCAAUUGACGUCAAAUUGUAUUGGAGAGCUUCUGAGUUAGGUCAGAAGGUUUUAUAUGAAACAGGUUGCUUCGACGAUGUUUAUGAGAUAACAGGAGAAGUUUCUCAGAAGAUAAGAGACUCACUUGAAUUUCCACGAACUGGUCCGAUUGGUUGUGACAAGUUCGACUCAUACGAAAAAAUAUACUAUGUCGACCUUAACGCUGCGUACAUGAGGUUCGUCCAAUAUAUUCCGACUGGAAUUCCAAACGAAGAUGGUGAGUUCCCGGGAAGGAACUAUACAGUUGGAAAAGUCAUACAACAACUGUAUGAUAUUAGGAAAGCUUCAAACCCCAAACUUGCAAUGACACUCAAAUUGCUUAUGAAUUCGACAUGGGGAUAUUCCAUUAAGAAACCUCAAAAGAUGAAGAGUAAACACUAUGAGAAGGUCGACAACUUUGUUGAAAGGUUCUCCCCCUUUGUUUUGAAGUACGAAUUCACUCAAGGUCAAAGUGGCUUAGUAACCACAUUAAAACCUAUUGUCGAACAUUGGUCUUACCCUCAGUUCGCAAAGGCAGUCCUUGACAACUACAACAAAUUCUUCUCCGAGGUUAAAUCCAAAGUGAAGGUUUACUAUGAGAACAUUGACGCACUCAUGACGAACGAAGAAGGAUACAACAAACUCAUUGAAAUGGGUUUAGUCGGUGAGAAGAUGGGCUGUUUUAAGCUAGAUAAGGUAUUUUCCGAAGUUCAUGUCCUCUCCAAACGUAAGUACUGGGGUAUACUUGAAGACGGCACAGAAAUAAAACAUUGCAUGAAAUAA